CAAAUCUGAGCUCAGCAACUCUCCCGGAGCCAAAACCGGCCGUGGCCUACCGGGACUAUGCGGAGACGGAGAGAGGCGCUGAGGGACUCGCUGGCCUGUCUCGCGUUUCUUGUCGCGCUCGUCGAUGCCCAACAAUUUCUCCCAGUCUUGAGCCAGAACAGAGCCUCCCAGUUCCUGACGCGGCACAGAAGAGCCAACUCUCUGUUCGAGGAGCACAAGAAGGGCAACCUGGAAAGAGAAUGUAUUGAAGAGCUGUGCAACAAGGAGGAAGCGAGAGAGAUCUUCGAGAACCAGCCGGAGACGGAAUACUUCUACCCCAAGUAUGUCGUAUGCCUGGGCUCGCACCGUGUUGGCAUCAGCAACCAGAACUCCGGCUCGAACAUCCCGUCCGACCUGCGCACCUGUGUGAACGAAAUUAGUAACCAGUGCUCGCCGCUUCCAUGCUACAAGGAGGGCUCUGAAGUCUGCGUGGAUGGCCAGGCCUCCUUCACGUGUGUGUGUAAGCCCGGCUGGACGGGACCCCGCUGCGACACAGACAUAGAUGAGUGCACGGACGCAGAAUUUCUCGCCGGGUGUAGCCAGAAGUGCUCCAACUUCCCCGGCGGUUUCCAAUGCUCGUGUGAGGCCGGCUACUUCAUGAAGAACCAACUCAGCUGUGUAGACAUCAAUGAGUGCCUGCUGUUCCCCAGUACCUGUAACGAGCCAGCCAAGUGUGUCAACACCCCUGGCUUAUUCGAGUGCCAGUGUUCCCCAGGAUUCAAAUACAACUUUACAUCCAGAUCCUGCCAGGAUGUGGACGAGUGUGAGCAGGGGGUGUGUGACGGCACGUGCAUCAACACAAUCGGCAGCUAUUCGUGUCACUGCGAUGGCCGCCAGGGUCUUCAUUUGGCAGAAGAUGAGCACUACUGCAAAAGAAUCCCAGUUUGUGUGGGGUCAUACGACCACAAACACCCUGAAAUGCUUUACCUAGGGGAACAGUUUGUAGGCCUGCCUGUCAUUUAUCUGCUCUUCCGCCUCCCUGAGAACACCAAGUUUGCUGCAGAGUUUGACUUCCGUACAUUUGACCCCGAGGGAGUUAUUCUGUACGCGGAGUCCUCCCAGGACUCGUGGUUCAUGCUGGGACUACGGGGCGGUCGCAUUGAAGUCCAGUUCAAGAACCAGCACACAUUCAAGGUCACUAGUGGAGGAAAAGCCAUUAAUGAUGGACAGUGGCACGUGAUAUCCGUGGACGAGCUCGAGAGCAGCAUCAGUGUGAAGAUCAGCAAGGAGGCGGUAAUGAGCAUCAACAGCCCCGACAGCCUCUUCACCUCUGUCAACGGCAAGCUGGAAACCAAGGUCUACAUCGCUGGGCUGCCCAACCGCACCGACAACACCAUCAAACCUAUUAAUCCUCGCCUUGACGGUUGUAUCCGGGGCUGGAACCUGAUGAACCAGGGAGCGUCUGGGGUCAAAGAGAUCAUCCAGGAGAAGAAGAGUAAACAUUGCUUCGUCUAUGUGGAGCGAGGAUCCUACUUCACUGGGGCAGGACUGGCGGUCUUCAACAUUGACUACCGUGGGUCGGGAAGCUGGAAGGUGGAUUUGAAGAUGGAUAUACGUCCAUCCAGCAGCACAGGCGUCCUCUUUGCCCUUGUAUACAAUAACACAGUUCCCCUGUCUCUCUCUGUGAUCACACAGGGAGAGAAUAAUGCUAAUCUUCAGGUGUUCCUCGAUGGCAUCUCCGUCGUCACCCUACAGUCGGUGAUGUUGUGCUACCCUGACCGUCUCACGCUGGAGCUCACCGUCACGCCAACAGAAAUCCUCAUCACAGCCAACUCCUCCACCGUUCACUCCAUCCCUGCGGAUGCCCUGCAGGAGGCACUGGAUCGCUUAAACGUCACCAUGCAGAACCCCCUCAGCACCUACAUUGGCGGGAUUCCAGAUGAGGUCCCGCUCACAGCCAACCCAGUGACGGCCCACUACCACGGCUGUAUGGAGGUGGCGGUCAAUGGCCAGCAGCUUGACUUCGACGAGGCGCUCAGCAAACACAACAGCAUCACGUCCCAUUCUUGUCCCCCUCUCUCCCGCCCUGAAAUGAACCCUGGCGCACCCCUGCCGCACAGGAAGUGACCUCGUUCCCAGCCAGGUCCAAAUCGAAUAAUGCCUCUAAUUAGUUAAUAUCUCACAACCUCCUCUUUUCAUUUUGGGAAUCUGUUAUUGGAACAGUAGAAGGGGAGAAGAUUAAAAAAGAGGUGGCAGGAAUAGUAGAAGAAGUGAAAAGAGGGUUUUUUUUUUGUCAAUUUGUACACUUUCCCUGACGCGUUGAUUCAGAGCCUAGUCCUACAUUUUUCAUUCACGUUACCUGAUAUGCUAUCUUAUUCUGGGAGCAGGUCAAGACUUUUUUUUUUCAAUGUCACGAGGCGACUGCCGGUGAGCCAGUGCGAAGCUGGGAGACAUAGAUGUAGCACAUUGUUUGCAAAUGGAUUAUAUUAUUGCAUAGAAACUUUAACAAAGAGCUGAGCUCUUUAGCACACAUACCACGUGGUGAGCACGAGACGUUUGUGUAGAAAAUAAUACAGGUAAAUGGUGACGCCACCUAUGUCUUCUUUUCACAGAUGCUAAUCUCUCUUCCCUUCACUACGCCUCUGUCUUUUUCCCUCCCUAAAAGAUACGUAUGUUUUUUCCACCACCCACCACCAAUUUCUGCCUGGUUUCCAAUCUUCGUGGCCCUACUAAUGUACUCUGGCUGUCCUCGGCAUUGACCUUAUUGUAUAUAAAAUCAAGCCAGUUUUAAUAUAUAUAUAUAUAACUUGGAUGUAGAUGUUCGGUGUUUUGUUCAGUUGAGUGUUUUCCGUUUGUUGUAAUAAAAAUAAAUCAUUCUUGUAAUUA